UAAGUAUGUACUUAUUGAAGAAGGUAUUACAUAUUUCACGAUCAGAUUCUUGUAACUAUAAGCAAAGAUGAGUGAUAUGGAACCUAUGUAUGGGACAACAUUGUCUACAGAAUCAAUGAAAGUUAUUGCUGAGAGUAUUGGUGUAGGAAAUUUGCCUGAUGAAGCUGCAAAAGAUUUAGCCGAGGACGUUAGUUAUCGAUUAAAGGAAAUAAUCCAAGAUGCAACAAAAUUUAUGAGACAAGGCAGACGACAAAAACUUAGCACACACGAUAUUGACCAUGCCUUAAAAACUAAAAAUAUCGAACCUACAUAUGGUUUUUUUGCCAAAGAUCACAUUCCAUUUCGUUUUGCAUCUGGUGGUGGUAGAGAAUUACAUUUCAUAGAAGAGAAAGAAAUUGAUUUAAAUGAAAUUAUUUCAAUGGCUGGUGGUCCAAAUUGGCCAAAACUACCUUUAGAAACCAAUUUACGUGCUCAUUGGUUAUGUAUUGAUGGUAUUCAGCCAACUAUUCCAGAAAAUCCACCACCAGUUUCCAAAGAGGUUCAAAAAUUGGAAAGUGUAGAUCCAAUAAGUAAUAGAAAUAGUAAUGCAAAUAUUGGAAAACCAGGUGGUAAAAGUCACAAACUUCGUAAUGUUGAAACUGUACAUGUGAAGCAAUUAGCAACUCAUGAAUUAAGCGUUGAACAACAAUUAUAUUAUAAGGAGAUCACAGAAGCGUGUGUAGGAUCUGAUGAAGCACGUAGAGUGGAAGCUUUUCAGUCACUUUCAGCUGAUCCAGGUCUUCAUGAAAUGCUAGCUCGUAUGUGUACAUUUAUAGCUGAGGGUGUCAGGAUCAACGUUGUUCAAAAUAAUCUUGCAAUUCUUAUUUAUCUAAUGAGAAUGGUUAAGGCUUUACUAGACAACCCAAGUCUUUACUUAGAAAAAUAUCUUCAUGAACUCAUACCAUCAGUUGUAACUUGUAUUGUAUCGAAGCAAUUAUGUACCCGACCUGAGAUGGAUAAUCAUUGGGCAUUGCGAGAUUUUGCGUCACGUCUUAUGGCACAAAUUUGUAAAAAUUUCAAUACAUCUACAAAUAAUAUUCAAACUCGAGUUACAAGAAUCUUUAGUCAAGCAUUAGCCAAAAACAAUCAAACUCCACUAGCUUCUUUAUAUGGUGCAAUUCAUGGCCUUUGUGAACUAGGGUCAGAAGUAAUAAAAGCAUUGGUUAUACCUAAAAUUAAAUCGAUUUCAGAACGUAUUGAGACAUGCUUUGAGGGUUCAAAUUCUUCUAAUGUAGAUAAAAAUGCUGCCGGGCAUAUAAAAACCUUAUUAAUAAAAUCUGUUGCGCCAGUCUUAAAAACUCUUAGAUCACCUCCAGAUUAUAUAGAAGAAUACAAACAAGAAUAUGGUUAUAUAGGUCCUCCAUUGUGUACAGCAGUUGCAAAAGCUCGCACUCAACCGACGACGAUAGCUCCAACUACCACCAUAUCUAUUACUAAUAAUACGAGUCAACAACAGACUUCAGUCAACACUAAUAAGACUAUAUCGCAAGCAGUUGUAUUGGGAGCGAGCAGAGGUACGGCAGGUACAGCGACCAGCGGUGGACAAAAAUUUGUGAUACUGCAGUCAAGAUCACAAACUCCUACGACCCAACAACAAGUGCAACAGAAACCAACUCAAGCAACAAAACUCGUUGUUGUCUGCAUGCCAAAUGCUAAUCAUGCACAAUCAACUGUUACACAAUCAAGUUUAUCAUCCAAACCUCAAGUGUUUGUAACCCAGAGCAAUGUUGAACAAUUUUCAAAUCCAUUGGAAGAAUGAUACCAAAAAAUAAUUUUUGUACAGUAAAUUAUUCUGUUAUUGUACAACAUACUUUCAAUGUAAAUGGUAAUCACAAUUUAUAUAAUAACUGAAUAUAAGAAUUUUACACUUAAAAUUAUA